CGCUCGCGAGCAGCGCAGCUUAGCGCAGUAGUCAGCCAGCCGCAGGCAGCGCAGCUGAACGUCGAGGAAGUCCGACGACGAGCGAGAGAGCUAGACAACGCCGCACCGCUCCGCAGCCGAGCCAGACCAAAGCAGGCAUCAUGGGUUCCAGUCAGCAGUUCUCCUUGAGGUGGAACAACUAUCUCAAGCACAUCACCAAUGCAUUCGACACACUGCGAUCAGAUGAGGAUCUUGUGGAUGUGACGCUGAGCUGUGAGGGCAAAAGGAUAAGGGCACACAAAAUGCUGUUAUCUGCGUGUAGUACAUAUUUUCGAGAUUUAUUUAAGGAAAACCCUUGUCAACAUCCUGUUAUUAUAUUCAGGAAUGUCAAAUUUGAUGACCUGGCGGCGUUGGUUGACUUCAUCUACCAGGGCGAAGUUAACGUAGUGCAAGAGCAGCUAGAUAGUUUUAUGACAACAGCUGAACUGUUGGCUGUACAGGGUCUCACAGAUGGAUCAAGGAAAGAUGACAGUUUAGCAGAGGAUGAUGUGGAAAUCCCCAGUGAACCAGAAGUACAACUGAGGAAUGCGUCUGGCAAAGUUAUCACAAAUGAUAAGGGAAACAAGUCACCAUCUUCGCCAUUGCCAUAUCACUUAGCAGAAUCACAUAAGUCUGAAGCGCCGCCACCAAAUAAAAGGAGAAGAUACAGAGAAAAUUCAAAUGCACAUUCGGAAAAAUCAAACAGGCAUGCUUCUUCACCAAAAGACUCUGACAAAACAGACAGUCAAACUGUGCAAGAACCUGUUGAAAUAAUUCCUCUCAUGCCAAAUUUGAAAAUGGAAAUGCCUGAAUAUUUGGAGCAGGAUGGAAGUAGUUGUAGUUACGAAGAACAAAGUACGGGUGAAAGUUCUAAUAAAAUAUUAGACGAUAAUCCAGACCUACUGGACAAUGAGCAGAAGCCAGACAUAACGCAAACAUUCUAUUCGAAUCAAUCGUCAACAGACCACUUAGAUGCAUCUAAGUCAUCAGACAUAGGUUACUUACUUUCCAAACCUGGCACAAGUUCAGGAGAUAGGAUAUCACAUGAACUACUUCAAGGAGGGGUAACGUACGUGACGGGCCAGCCGCACAGCCUGAGCAAGGCGAACGGCCACGGCAAAGUGUGCAUACACUGCAAGCGUCGGGGGGUCCUGACCUCGCGCGGCAAGCUACGUCAGACGCGCUUCAAGUGCUGGGCCUGCAAUGCCUGCCUGUGCCGCUGGCCGUGCUUUGCCGAGUACCAUGAGCUCCGGUCGAUACCCCACAUUCCGCCUCCAUAGCACCAACCUGACGCUCUGCCGUCGUCGUCCUCCUCCACGUCGACGGUGCAGAGCCUUGGCGCCGCAACUUCCGACGCUACUACUGCUACCAAUCUAAACAAUACCACGACCGUGCUACUCUUGAGAAUCAUCGAUCCCCCGUGAGGGAUCGAGCCUCGUCCUCGUCAUCUCUAACGUUUUUUUUUAUUUCACCAUCUUUUGUAUAACAUUGUUUGUUUUUUGUACGACUUUUUUUGUACCUUCAUUUUCGUUGUAAAUCCGAUACCCACAAUCGCGGCUCGAUAUGUUACUCUUUUCGACGUUCCAUUGUAUUAUUACUAUUACUAUUAUUAAUAUUAUUUUUAUUACUAUACUGUUAGGGGGACUCGAAAGUUCUUUGAUACUUGGCUCCAUAUAACCGUCGGAGGAUUUUAGAUACUGUUAUACGGAGUCAGCUGAUUUGUAUAUUUCGCGAUAGUCGCCGCAGAGGAUGACCAUGAUUACUCUUAGGAUAUCUAACGUUUGAGAUUUAUUGGGCGACGGGUAAAUGCACAAGCAAGAGGAUAUUAAUAUAAACUAUAAUGUGAUUGUACGUUUUGAACUUCGUUUCGAACAUUCCCGCUGUUUUCGUCUUUAUAUACAUUCCGAAAAAUUCUCGACGAAAUUCGCGACUUAUAGAGUUGGACAUUAGAUUUUAAACGAAUACUUGUAUAUAAUUCAUACGACAUGUGCAUUUACCUUGCGAAGCUUUUACUGCGUCUGUUAGUUAUAUAUCUCCUGUACAUAUAGUUAUACUUCAGUACGAGUUAGGCUAAACUGCGAAGUACACCAAAACAUGUAUUAUAUAGACUAUUUUUGUACGAGUGUAUUAUAUAUUUUUUAUACUGUAGCAAGGAACACUUGAGCUCAAGUUUUCGGUUGCGAGUAAUUUUUACCAGUUAUAUAGCGAUAGUUGUAAUAAAUUUAAACACACAAUCAAAACAGAAAGAUCUUACUGAUUUUUGCAGUUUGAAACGCUUCCAGCAUUUUUAUCGGUUUAGUAUCUCAGCGAGAUCGGAGCUGCGAUGACACACAAUACAAACAAGUACAAAUUCAUAACUCAUUAUGAAAUCGAUCGAGCUUAUAUAGGUAUACGAGGAUAUGGGUCGAACGUAUUUUUUUUCUUUCAUUUCACGAUAUAGAUCGAAUGUAAUAGCAAAUACUCUUCAUACAUUCAUGGUGCACGCAGCGACUCGACGAAUAGACUGAUAUUGAAUCGCUCGGCUUGAGAUGGAACUUGAGAUUUUUAACUUAAUACUCUCGUUAUUGUAAAGUAACUUAAUUGCGUAUAGGUAGAUAGGCGGACCGAUAAAGGAGCUUGUGCGCUGUAUACUUGAUGUAUAAGUAAAUUCUAAUUCACAGCAACGAUUUUGUAAAGUGCCGAUAGAUUGUUUUGAAAAUGGGUUGUGCAAGAUUACGAUAAUAUUCUCUCAUUAUUGCUACAUACAUACAUGAACAAUAUGUAAAUGUGUUUGUCUUUGCGUUAGAAAAAUGAAUUGCAUCCAUUUUGUUGGGGAUUCAGGGUGACGCUUGUUGAGCCUUUUGAAUGUGUUCUAUCGUCUAAUCAGGCUUUUUAUCCUAGCUUCUGCUUUUACACACGCCACUGAUCUUAUUAUUUAUAUACCCGACUAUAUAAUACGCAUAUACGUGCACACGUAUGAUCCAAGAAGUCAUACGCGUGUACCUAUACAUGCGAAAAUACGAAAACAAAACAAACAACAGAACAUUUAUUAUUAUUAUUAUUAUUAUUAUUAUUUUUUUUUUUAAGUAAAACAAAAAUGCUCGCGUUACAAUUAUCCAGGUGAUGUGUUUGAUGUGUUUAUUUAUAGAACAGCCAGGAGACACAAGCGGUAGUACUGGCCCAAAUCCCGAUUUGGGUGCGUAUGUCGAUGAUGACGAUAACGAACAGAGCUCGGAUUCCGAAUUAUUGUUUCGCUGUAGAAUAUGUUGGAAGGGUUUCAAGCACCCGAUAUCCUUGACGCUCCAUAAGGAUUUGCACACGGGUCAGACAAGGUGCCCCAUUUGCCAGCGCAUCUUUAGUCGAAGUUACGAUAUGAGGGUUCACCUAUUGCGAAUACACAAGCGUACCUUGUGGAAUGUCGAUGCGAAGCUAAACGCGCAGAGCAAUAAAAAGAAAUAAACAAAAAAAGAGAAUCAGAGUGAGAGAGCCUGGCAGCACACUCACACACGCCAUCGAUUCGCUGACUUUUUUUUAAUUUUUCUCAUAUAUAUGUGACGCAAAAUAGCAAAAGAAUAAUUUCAUUACAUUGCGACAAUACCUGUUUGUGUUGCUCUUGUAAAUAUAUAAGAACUGCGAUGACGAUUUUUGUGCCAUACUUUGAAGCAAUCGUUUGUUCGGUAAAUUGUGGACGUAAGUUAUUCUCUGUGCACUGGCUCUGCAGAAUUUUAUUUCAAUGAUUUUUUACAAUUGGUACAUGUAGAUGAUGGAAAAGAGAUUAUUCAAUACUUUUUUUCAAUCCACGCAUAAUCAGUUCCUAGGUGUUAAGGAAAAACAUAGUGUAAUGUACAAUUGAUGUUAAGUUUUAUAAUUAAAAGUAUGCGGUAUGACACUGAUGCACGAAGAUGUAGCUAAAAGCAAAUCGCGAAUUUCAGUGGAAACCUAAUUGUAUCGCACAAAAUUGUAUAUACAUUAACUAUAUAUACGUUAUUAGUUACGGAGAUCCAAAAGUUUGAAAUAUAUUUUUGUUUGUGUUGAAAAUUUUUCAAGCUCGCAAUCCUUGCAGAAGAAAUAAAGCUUGAUUUUUUGUAUUUCCUAAAAAUUAAAAUUUAAUUUUUGCGCUCUGUUAUAUCAUUGGUUGAUUAUAGUAGUUUGGAGAAACGAUAUUUUUAUUUAUAGUACUUAAUGCUGUUUGACACAAUGCCUUACAAGUUUUGCCUUUCAAUUGUUUACUCUAUACUAUCCGAUAAGUAAAUCGUCGUGAUGGAUGUACACGAUUAUUGUGAUAAAAGCGUGCGCUCAAAAAAUAAUAACAAACAAACACACACACACACAUACAGCGUGUAUAAACUUUACUGAGAUUGCAAAAAUAUAUACAUAUAUUUUUACUUUGGAUACCAAGAUUCUAAGAUGUUCAGUGUCGACACUGACGUAUAUAUAGUACAUACAUUUUGUAAUAAAAUAUUUAUAUAAACUUGAA